AUGGCAUUUAUUGCUAAAUCAUUCUAUGAUCUAAAUGCCACAAAUUUAGAAGGAGAAAAAAUAGAUUUCAAUAUUUUCAGGGGAAGGGUAGUAUUGAUUGAGAAUGUUGCUUCACUUUGAGAUACUACUGUCAGGGAUUAUACCCAGCUCAAUGCACUGCAGAGCAAAUAUCCACGACGGUUUGUAGCUCUUGGGUUUCCUUGCAAUCAGUUUGGCUACCAAGAAAAUUGUAAGAAUGAAGAGAUUCUGAACUGCCUUAAAUAUGUUCGACCAGGUAAUGGCUUUGUACCCAAUUUCACCCUGUUCCAGAAAUGUGAAGUUAAUGGAAAAGGCACACAUCCUGUCUUUGCUUACUUGAAGGACAAACUACCUUCUCCAGAUGAUGAGCCAGCAUGCCUCAUUAGUGACCCCCGAUACAUUGUGUGGAACCCUGUGCACCGGUCUGACCUUUCCUGGAACUUUGAGAAGUUCCUCAUCGGCCCUGAAGGAGAACCUUUCAAACGUUACAGCAAAAAUUUUCAAACUAUCAACAUAGAACCUGACAUACAGAGACUCCUUAAACUUGCCAAAUAAUGCCUUAAUCUGGCUGACGACUUUUGCUCUUGUACAAAUGUGACACAAAUAAUGUAUUUGCUGUAUUCCCAUAUCUUCUAUAUUGAUUUGGUCAGUCUCACGUCUCACUCAGUGCAGGGAAUGGGUUCUGUCACCUAGUUACCUCCUACAAAACAUCUAAAAUGAAUACAAUUAAAGGUACAACAAAGGCAUAUAAUAAGUGUUCUCAUCCCCCUCAUCCUGCAUACUAUAAUAAUGUAACCUGGUGAAAUUUAAAAUAUUGUGAGGGUGCAUUAGUUCCAUCAACUCGUUAGCUGUUUAAAUAGUUGAUAUGCAGCUGCUGACACUAACAUGUUUUGUUCUCUCUGGUUUUUCUUAGGUGACAUACAUAGGCAUGAAAUCAGGGGCUUGUUUUGGCAUAGGCAAACAAGGCACUUUUUGAGUCUCACUACACACACACGUACACUGCACUACACAAGCACACUGCAUUACACACACAACAUAAACACACACACACACACACACCCCAUAUAUAUAUACACACACACACAUGCACAUUUGAACAUGAAUGUUAACUUUUGAGAUGCCAUGAAAAAAAAGUUACAUUACACCCUCGCCAAAAAAUAUUAUGGCCAACAAAAAGCCUAAAACCUAUGGAGUCGGGGGGGGGGGGGAAUUUAGAGUGCCUAGGGCAGCACAAAACCUUAAUACACCACCGCACAAGAUGCAGAAAGAUGCAAUGCAGAGGCCUGUUAAUUAUGUUGCUUCAGUGCCUGCUUGUUCCAGACCCCCCAUUGCGGCAUAAUAUUAUAAUGAUAGAAGCCCCAAGGCAGAACAUGCAGUGAUCUGAGAUGUCAUCGCAGAUAAUGCAGCAUGUCUGCAGAAAGAACAUGAUACAUGCAGGAAUUGUUUAUUUAACUUUUCAGUGCUGCUCCACUUUAGACUGUUCUCUUCAAACAGAGCUGUUCUCUGGCUGCACUGUAUGUGUAAGUUUUCCUUAUCACAGUUCAUCCAGAGCAAAGUGCUGUUUUAAGUGAACAGUGAAAUAUGUAGUAGCGCUGCAAAGCAGUAGUGCAUUGAUUGACUGUCUCUCAUAGAUUGAUUCAAGCCCAUCCUCUAGCCUAUAACUGUCUGCAAAGCUGUUUUUUCUGAAUGUAAGACAUUUGUAUGAGCAAUGCACCUUUUUUAUUACUACUUCUUUGUUAGACUAUGUCUGCAGCUAAUUUGCAAUGCAAUUUUCAACUACUGCACUAUAUUAUAAAACGAAAUAUUGCUUUAUUCUCCAUUUAACUAACACGUUGCAAUUGAACUGGUGCUUUAGUGUAACUGCCUAAUUUAAAAUUAAUUUUGAUUUAAAAAAUGACCAGCAGAAAAUUUUUCACUAAAAAAAUCUCAUCGCAGAAAGUGAAAAAAAGUUCUGCCUCUGGGGAUAGAAGCAUUAUAGGAGACAUUAAAGGGACAGUUUACCCAAAAACUUUCUCUCCUUCAAUUUGUUCCCAAUUGUCAGAUUUACCUGCUGGAGUGUAUUACAUUGUUUACAAAAAGCUCCUUAGCCUUUAUAUUGGCAUCUGAAAUAGCUGAUUUAGCCUGUAGUAUCCCUACCUAUACUGAAAGUUUCCAUACCUAAGUAUAAGAUAUUUACAAACUAUGUAAACACAGCUAGCAGAAGAAAUUACACUCACAGUGGGAGGUGGAAGAGAUAAAGCUCUAAAAUGUUAAUUUUCAAUUGUUCUUUUCUAAGAAUUGCACAGAAACUGAGAUAAGAAAGGGAAGCAUUUGAUUGAUAAGAUAACAAGAUUUGAUCUUUCAGCAAGCCAAGCCUAUUUCGAUGAGCAAAUCCAGCUAUUUCUUUUGCAAAACAGAAGCAUAAAUUAGCUAUUUCUCAUACAUUUUAUACGCUGCAGCUGGUAUAACAAGUCAUGGGAACACAUUUAGGGAAAAAAAAACAUUUUACAGUGAACUGUCCCUUUAAAGAUGUUUUUCAUGUGCAUAGUAUAUUACAGCAAUUAUGGACAUCCCAGUGUAAAAAUAAAUGUCACUCUUCUGCUAGAGCAUUUCAUUUAAUUGUGUUUAACAUGUGUUAAAAUGGGUUCAACAUAUACUCAGUUAUGCUCCUGGAACAUUCCAAUUUUGCUUAAGUGAUUUCAGCAUACAAAUGUAUGUAUACAGUAUAGGCCUGCUGCAAAUUGGUUCACCGGCUACAUCCAUCUGCAGUGACACAGGAGUGCAACUGGGGAGCUUAAAGGGAUAUGAAACACAACAGUUUUCUUUUAUAAUUCAGACCAGGGAUGGACUGGGACCAAAAAUAGCCCCGGGCAUUUUAAGGCAAAGCAGCAUACUCCCCCUCCUGUUUUAGUUAUUUAACCUCUUAAUGACCAGUAUCGUACCCUGUACGUUCGCUGGUCUUUUAAUGAGGAUUGUUAUUUUGGUAGUGCGGUCUCCUCGCCAGCAGUGAGACCAGACAAUUCUAGAAUUACUGCCGCCAGGAGGUCAUAGCAGCGCAGUCCUGCCGCUUGUGGCAAGACCCGUGCUAGUAUGAACUGAUAAACCCUUAGCUACCAGCGACGGGGUCGUUAAGGGGUUAAAGUGGAGGUAAACUUUGGUGAAUGAAAGCCUGUUUUUUUAAAAAUACUAUUAAAAACAGGUGCACUUUUUAUUCAUCAAAGUUUACAAAGCCGCCGUUUUGAUUAAAAAAAUUACCUUUUUUUCUUUUCACAGCCAGAG